UCAGACUUUGCUCCUGCAGUGUUUGGGAGCGGCUGCUGCUCUUCCUCUGCUUCAGAAUGAGCAAAAACCCUGAAAACACACUGUGAGGAUCUCAAACUACACACACACACACAGCUCAGGAACACCGCGGUGGAGUUUUGAAGUGCUGAAGUGAUGCUGCGGGAUUCGAGUCCGUUCGGCUGGUCCGGCGGUUACACUGAAUCACUCCGCUCCAGUGUAACUGCAGCGGACGAGUCGUCUUCAGAUGUGUUGGAUUUAUCCAGACCCAGCGCUAAAUCCAUUUACCAUCAGAGGAAGGAAUAUGCAGAGUCUGUGAACAGACAGAUGCAUCAGUUCCAGCACCGCGUGGAGCAUCUGUUCACCUGUGAGCUGGACGGUCAGCAGAUCUGUGAUGUGGAUGACUGUCUGGAGCGGCUGAAGUAUCUGGACGCCACGGGUCGGGUCUGGGGUCAGGACGUCAUUCUGGAGGUGCAAGAUGCAGCUCUGCGACUGGCCGACAUCGAGACCAGGGAGGUGCUGGAGUCCUGGCCACUGAGCAGCGUUCUGGAGCUGAAGGCUGUUCUGGAUGAGAGCGUUUACGACUCGCUGCUGACCAUCUCAGUGAGGGAACAAGGCAGUCGAACUGUCAGCGUCUUCAUGUUCCAGAGCGAAACUCUCAGGGCUGAUUAUCUGAAGAAGGACCUCCAGCGGCUCCUGCAGAACAGCAGAGAUGACCCCAGACAGAGUAACAGGAGUAAAGCUCCCGUAGGAAACAUCAUGCAGAAAAACUCCAGACGAGUAUCUCCUCCACCAGAGCUGAUCCUCCAGAGACUCGCUGAACGCUGGGCCGCGCCGGACUAUGAUGACAGUCCAGCCGCUACUCCACCCACUUCCAGAAACAACUCCACCCAUCCUAAAGUAGUGGCCCCGCCCCCUCAAACAAAAACUCCACCUCACCAACAGGCCACACCCCCUCGUACAGAAGAACCGCCCAUCAGACAAGCCCCAUCCCCUCAGAAGCCGUAUACGGAGCGUGAGAGGAACGUGGAUAUCCUGAAUCAUCUUAUAAACGACAUUGAAGCGUUCGUUGGCAGACUGACGGCCGUCGCACCAAAGAUGGACAAGAAGAAGAAGAAGAAAAAGCAGAAAGCUGUGAAGGGAAUGCCGUCAGAUGAAGAGUUCACCGUCUGUCUGAGGAAGAUCAAGAUGGCCUUCAACCUGCUGGGCAAACUGCAGGGGAAGAUAGACAACCCCAGCGCUGCUGAACUCACACACUGCCUGUUCUCCAUACUGGAGCUGGUGGUGUAUCACUGUAACGAGGAUCUUCCUCAGUCAAUCGUGGCUCCUCUCUUCGAGCCGGAGUGUGUGGUGUUUCUGAGUGAGGAGGCCACGCCGGAGGAAGAUCAUCUGUGGCAGUCACUGGGAGACGCCUGGAACAUCCCAAGCACUAAGUGGCCGGAGGAUGAUGAUGAUAUUCCCACAUUCACGCCGGUGUUUGAUGAUGGUUGGGAGCCGCCGGCUAUUAGGAACCCGGAGCCCGCAUAUAAACCAAUCAGCAAGCAAGAGCCUGCAUAUAAACCAAUCAGCAAGCAGGAGCCCACAUAUAAACAAACGAGCAAAGAAGACACACCACGAACAUCUGUGGCUCGACAGAUGAGCCGUAUAGCAGAGCCGGAGCUUGAGCCAGAGCAGAGUGAGCUGCCGGCGAGUUUCAUGCGAGCGAUAUUUGAUUUCUCAGCUCGUAACGACAGAGAGCUUUCCAUCACUAAAGGAGAAGAGCUGCAGCUGCUGGACAUGUCGAAGAAGUGGUGGAAGGUGAAGAAUCAGAGAGGGCAGAUCGGCUUCGUCCCGAAUAACAUGCUUCAGCAGCAGCAGCAGAAUCAGGAGGAGGAGAAAGAGGAAGCUCCGUCUGCUCCUGCGCUCAACAGGAAGUCCAGGCCGGAGGAGGUGCGGGCAUGGCUGGAGCAUAAGGGAUUCAGUAAAAUUACGGUUCGCUGUCUAGGGGGCGUCAGCGGCUCGAUGUUGUUGGGAAUGACACGCGACGAACUGAAAACGAUCUGUCCUGAAGAGGGCGGACGUGUUUUCUACCAGCUGCAGAACAUCAAAUCUGCGCUCGCGAUGGCCAGUGAAGUGAGACCGAUGAUUUGAACAACGUCAACACAUCGCUAAUAGAUGACGAGGAAACAGCGAUGAGGACUUCGUUAUAUUUAUUGAUACCAAAAAACUGCACAGAAACUCAGGAGAUUGAACACGCAUGCUUUAUUGAAAUCAACACUCGUCUGGACAGACUCAUUCCUCAAUCUCGCCAAAAAUAGAUUUCGUAUUGUUAUUUGCGAACAUUGGCUUGCUAGCGUGUUGUACGUCAUGCUUUGCUCUUGGUUAAUGUGCUAAUUUCUAUAAAUCAUGCUAUUCCGA